AAGUGUACCUCAAAAAUGAAAAAGAAAAUCAUUUAUACUUGUUCACCUAAACACUACGAGUUGAAAUACGGUGAACUAGAUUACUGGUCGCAUAUAGACGUGGCUCUAGUGAGGGUUGAAUCACCGUUUAAUUUUAACGAUACCAACUAUGAAACGUUGUGUUCGUACAAACCAACGACUAUACCCAUCAACUAUGAAUUGAAAUAUCAGGAGCCUGGCACUGAUGCUCUUGUGUUGGGAUGGGGACACAAAGAAAAAUGGCGAAAGCCAGGUGACAACACCAACUACAAUUCAGAAUUUUUAAGAUAUGCUCCAACGUUGUUACUGAAUAAAACUGAAUGCAAUCAACAUUACGAAGAUUACAAGAACAUGAGUGACGUCAUCGAUCGAUAUAUGAUUUGUUCUCUAGGAAAAGGAAAUAUAGAUGAUGGGGGCAACACUAUUCAGAAGAGUUUGCCGGUAGAAAAUGGGUGUACCUCCAAGCAACAAAAGGUUUUAGGCUUUGAAGGUGUAUCGUGUGAACUACCGAGUACAGAGGACGUUUCGGAUGAAGAUGGCCGGAGAAGCGCCAAAAAGCUCAAGCAAAUUAACGGUUCUUCGACUGAAGUUCUAAACGACACAUAUUUACUAGACAUGAUAGACGAUCCUAGAAGAUCUGGAAUUUGUCAGAAUGACCAUGGAGGGCCACUAGUCACCUGGGCAGGUGCACGUGAAAUCCUCAUUGGCAUAGCAUCGGUAUUCAAGGUUUCUGAUGAGUUGGAAUGUAUGGGACCCUACUUGUACACCAGUACUCUUUGUGUAGGAGCAUUCUUAGAAUGUAUACUGGUCUCCGAAUCUUUACCAGACAUGAAGAAAACAAGCCGACGGAGUCGACGGAACGAUAUGUGUGACAGACCACCGAGUGAGAGAGGAUAUGACACUGUCGAAAAAUACAUAUCAUGGAAAGACCACCCUGCAGGACCUGCAGACAAUGAAAGAGUUGGCAGGGCUUCAAUUCCAAAGCCUUUCAAUAAGUACUCAGCUGGAGCAAACGCGCAGAGCGACGGUCAAUCAGAUUAUGAAUCAAAUGAAAUGCAUCACAAAUUAUCAGCAUUACGUGAACAUAAUGUAGGAUAUCAUUUCGAUAUGUUUAGGAAUCCGCCAAAAGUUGAUAGGUAUCCUAAGAAGGAAGAGUAUCCUCCGAAACAAGAGUAUCCUCAGUAUAAUCAACCUCCACAAAGCAUGGGAAUCCCACCACCAAAUGUGAGGAACCCUCCACAUACUGUGAGAAACCCACCACUGAAUUAUGGGAAUCAACAAUCCAAUUCUUGGAAUCCACCAGCCAAUGUCAGAUAUACAGGAACGAACUAUUAUCCAGCGAAUAUAAGAUACACAACUCGGAAUCCUCGGGGAAUAAAUGUUAUGGUCCCACCAAAGGCGCCAGGAGGAAAAGUGUACCCAGGAACCGGUUGGCAUCCAGCGAAUCGAGCUCCACAAAAAGUACCACCGAAAAAUCCUUUUCCAAUGCGAGCUCUGCGGCCGUUACGAAAUUGAGUCAUCGUCGUCAUCACAUUUGGCAGUCCCACUUUCGUCAAGCCCUGCUGUGGGACAGUUAAGCCAGAAUUAAGGAGCGUUACACCACACUUCCUCAACGCGGAUUAGGGGUCAUUUAU